AACUAACAACAAUAUGGAAUCGACUACCCAGCACAGUCCACCAAUGAUUAGUACGUUAAUGUCCAGGYUAUCUACUGAUAAGCUGACCAUGCUACUCGAUAUGAUACGCAAAACAAACCUAUCGACAAACAUAUUUAAUUUGACUGGCAUACCCUAUGACUAUAAUUUUACUAUAACUGAUCAGCCAUCACUGUUAGGCGCAYCGGGAGGUAGUGCUAGUAGUGUAGGUGCUGGUGGUGGUGGUUCGGGAGGCGGACUAAUGUACGAAUAUAUCGAUACAGUAGCGCUGAAAGUGUUUUUCUAUGGCCUAUAUAUAUUGAUAUUUUUCUUGGGCAUAGCCGGCAACGCACUGGUAUGCUAUGUAGUAUUGCGUAACUCAUCCAUGCAUACCGUUACCAAUUGGUUUAUAACUAAUCUGGCACUAUCGGAUAUAUUUCUAUGUGUAUUUGCCGUACCGUUUACACCAUUAUAUUUGCUCACUUAUAAGGAAUGGGUGUUUGGGACUGUCCUCUGUCAUCUCGUACCAUACGCUCAGGGUGUUUCGGUAUACAUAUCGGCGUUUACAUUGAUGUCAAUAGCCAUCGAYMGRUACUUUGUCAUUAUCUAUCCGUUCAAAGCCCGUAUGGAAAUGCGUGUCUGUCUAUCGAUAAUUGUGGCCAUUUGGCUGUCGGCUUGUUUGCUAACAUUACCGUACGGUAUAUUCAUGGAGUUGGAGCACUUUGCUACCGAUGUUGGUGUUGUUGGCGGCGGUGGUGGUGGUGGUGGUGGGGACGGUGGCGGCUAUACUAUGAUGAACAACAUCGAUGAUGAUGACCACCUACCACCUGGACUGGUACCCUAUUGUGAGGAACGUUGGCCUUACGAUGAAUCGCGUAAGGCGUUCGGCAUCUCAACAUCGGUACUACAGUUUAUCAUACCGUUUGUUAUCAUAACGUUUUGCUAUGUACGGGUGUGCGGGAAACUUUGGGAUCGGGCCCGAGCCCGACCCGGAUCAGUAUCGAUGCGCCGGGAAGAGAUCGAAAGGGAACGGACCCGCAAAACAAACGGUAUGCUUAUCUCGAUGGUCGUCAUAUUUGUCAUAUCUUGGCUACCAUUGAACAGCUAUAAUCUGGUACACGACUUUUACAUCCCAGCCUCCUAUUGGCGCUAUUCGCGUGCAUUUUUUGUAUUAGCCCACGCAGUGGCCAUGUCCAGCACCUGCUAUAACCCGUUUUUAUAUGCCUGGCUUAACGAAAAUUUUCGCAAAGAAUUCAAACAAGUGUUGCCCUGUUUUCGGGCUAACUGUUCGACAGUGGCGGCCAUGGAAAUGAGGCACCGGGUCAUCAAACAGCAACAGCAACAACACUGUAUGAAUGGUGGUAGUGGUGGUGGUAAUGGUCACCAAUCGAUAGGUAUGACCAUCAACACCAACAAUACAAUCCUGUUGUCGGAUAAGCCACAAAACGACAACAAUAUAUUGUCGGCAACAGCUAUGUUGAGUACAACAACAACAACUGCCUUAUCGUCGACAGCGGUGUCGACACCGAUGACCAAUAAUAACAAUAAUAAUAAUAAUAAUGAGCUCAAUAAUGAUGAUGACGAUGAUAACUGUGCCACUACUGAGCCAUUGUUGGGCUGUCUGACCUCAUCGACAGCUACAAUGAAAGCCAAUAAUACCGGUGCUUCGGAUAACCAUAAGGACCGCAGUCAGUCUAUUGGCAAUACAAAUGAUAUUAGGCUUACAGUGAUCGACAACAAUAGGAUUUAA